AUGAGCUAUGGUUUGUCAUUCGCCACUAUUGCAUCCGUUGUCGUGUACACAUAUCUGAACUACAAGGACCUAAUAGUUGGCCAGUUCAAAACCUCACAGCACGAGAAGCCAGACAUCCACAUGAAGCUCAUGCAUAAGUAUAAGGAAGCACCGGAAUGGUGGUACGGGGCAUUAUUCUUGCUGAUGUUCAUACUCUCGCUAGUCACCGUGUUGGCAUACCCGACUGAGUUCACCUGGUGGGCGUUCCUCAUUGCGAUCGCCUUCUCGACAGUGAUGGCGCUUCCCAUUGGCAUCAUCCAAGCAACCACAAAUCUGCAAAUUGGGUUGAACGUCAUCACCGAGUUUAUUAUGGGUUACAUGCAGCCUGGGAAGCCGCUCGCUUUGAUGAUGUUCAAGACUUAUGGGUUCAUUACAGCGAGCAGCGCGUUGGGCUUUGUUGGCGAUCUGAAGUUUGGCCAUUACAUGAAGAUUCCACCGCGAACUAUGUUUGCCGCACAAGUCGUUGCAACAACUCUCUCGUGCUUCGUACAAAUCGCCGUCUUGAACUUUGCAUUGAACAAUAUUGAAGAUGUGUGUGAACUCACCCAGAAGCAACGCUUCUCCUGCCCGGGCGGUCGGGUGUUCUUCUCCGCCUCUGUGAUCUGGGGCCUUCUGGGUCCACAGCGCAUGUUUAGUCCUGGUCAAAUAUACUCGGCGCUCUUGUUCUUCUUCCCAGCUGGGGCACUUGCCACGGUCAUUCUACAUUAUUCUAGCAAGAAAAUUAGGCCACUCCGAUUUGCGAUGACACCCCUCAUCUUCGGCGGCGGUCAAGCAAUUCCGCCAGCUAGCCCCCUCAACUUCCUCACCUGGGGCAUUGUGGGCUUCAUCUUUCAGAAGUAUAUCAAGACCAGGCACUUCAGAUGGUGGUCGAGACUUAACUAUCUUACGGCUGUGGGGCUCGAUACUGGGUUGGCUAUUAGCACGUUGACGAUUUUCUUCAUUUUUACGAUUAACAAGAUUGAUGCACCGCAAUGGUGGGGCAACACGGUCAUCGCUACGACGAUGGAUACACAGAACACAGCAAUCCAAAGCCCGGUGCCCGUGGGCCAGACCUUUGGGCCUAAGUCCUGGUAG